AUGGUAAGCGAUGUAGACAAGUGGCAAAGAGCUGCAUACUCUGUCUAUGAUGAAGACAUUGGCUAUUGCCAGGGACAGUCUUUCCUUGCAGCUGUGCUUCUACUGCAUAUGCCAGAGGAGCAGGCGUUCUGUGUGUUUGUGAAAAUAAUGUAUGACUAUGGCUUGAGGGACCUCUACAGAAAUAACUUUGAAGAUCUCCAUUGCAAAUUUUUCCAGCUGGAGAAGUUAAUGCAGGAGCAGUUACCAGACUUGCAUAGCCAUUUCUCAGACCUCAAUUUGGAAGCUCACAUGUACGCAUCCCAGUGGUUCCUCACACUUUUUACUGCCAAGUUUCCACUCUGCAUGGUCUUCCACAUCAUUGACUUACUACUCUGUGAGGGUAUGAACAUAAUCUUCCAUGUAGCCUUGGCUCUCUUAAAGACCUCAAAAGAGGACCUUCUACAAGCUGAUUUUGAAGGAGCUUUAAAAUUCUUCAGGGUUCAGUUGCCCAAGAGGUACAGAGCUGAAGAGAACGCCAGAAGACUGAUGGAACAAGCUUGCAACAUUAAG